UUAUGUCUCGAUCAAAUCCUGAUUUUGUUCUACUUUCUGGUAAUAGUCAUCCAGAUUUUUCUCAGAAAAUUGCUGCCAGAUUGAAUGUUAAAUUAAAUAAUUGUUCUGUUUACCAUACAUCAAAUAGAGAGACUUUAGUUGAUAUCACUGAUAGUGUCCGAGGUCGUGAUAUUUACAUUAUUCAAACAGGUACCAAAGAUGUAAACAAUAAUAUAAUGGAGCUUCUUAUCAUGGCCUAUGCGUGUAAAACAUCAUCAGCUAAGAAUAUUGUUGGUGUAAUUCCUUAUUUACCUUAUUCUAAACAGAGUAAAAUGAAGAAACGUGGUUGUAUUGUUACCAAAUUGUUAGCCAAAAUGAUAUGUAAAGCAGGAUUCACCCAAUUGAUAACAAUUGAUCUUCAUCAGAAAGAGGUUCAGGGUUUCUUUGAUAUUCCUGUUGAUAAUUUACGAGCUUCACCCUUUCUUUUACAAUACAUUCAAGAUUCUAUUCCUGAUUAUAAAAAUGCUGUGAUAGUGGCUAAAGAUCCAGGAUCAGCCAAAAAGGCUACAUCAUAUGCUGAACGUCUUCGUCUGGGAAUUGCUGUUCUUCAUGGUGAACCACAGAAAACCGCUGAAUCCGAUGAAGUUGAUGGAAGAUAUUCACCACCCACUGUGGAACCUGCACCCAAACCAUUAGAUCCUGGUCUCGAUAUUAUGCCGGCUUUGGCUUCUAAAGAGAAACCACCGAUGACCGUAGUUGGUGAUGUUUCUGGACGAAUCGCUAUCAUGGUUGAAGAUAUGAUUGAUGAUGUUGUCUCUUAUGUUGCUGCUGCUGAAUGUUUAAGAGAAAAGGGAGCAACUAGAAUAUAUGUUCUAGCCUCACAUGGUAUUCUAUCAAGUGAUGCACCAAAAUUAAUUGAAGAUUCGCCCAUUGAUGAGGUUGUUGUCACAAACACAGUUCCACAUGAGAUACAAAAGAUGCAAUGUCGUAAGAUUAAGACUGUUGACAUUUCAGCUCUUCUUGCUGAAGCCAUUAGAAGAAUUCACAAUAAGGAAUCAAUGUCAUACUUAUUCCGAAAUGUUACCCUUGAAGAUUAACUUGUUACUCCUGUUGUAACCAACCAAUGGGUUAAAUAUUUCAAUCAAUCAAUCAAUCAAUCAAAAAAAAAACAAACAAACUAACAAAAAGCGAUUUCAAUCGGACCUCGAUUCAUAUUAAUCGGAAACCAUGUUACUUGUAAUUUCAAUCACAAUUAAAUUACCAAAAGAUCUUGUCUCCCUCUUUUCUCUUUUUCCAAACAAAACAAUUUCGUUAUUCAAAAUAAAAUUAACCACGAAAAGACCAAGAAAAACAAAA